AAUAGUUGUCUUUAACAUGAGACUGGGUUUAAUUGCGUUUUUUAUUUCUUUUCAUUUGUGCAAUGUAAAAUGUUUAUUAGUAAAACCGCAAGCUUCGUGCGUGCCAACACAGAUUGUCAAAGGACCAUGUCACGAAUGUAUGUGCGAUGUGGACGGCGUGUUUGUGUGCCACGCCACGACGUGUCCGAAGAGCGCGGUGAAUCCAAGGAAAUCAUACAAGGGGGAGUGUCAACCUCAUGUAACCUACAAAUUCGAAGAGCUGUACUGCACCUGCAAUUUUGAGGGAAGAUGGUUAUCCUUUAACUGCAGAGAGACCUUCCAAUACCUUCGAUCGUAUAAUAAGGCGAAACACAUCUUAAGAUCUACCUCCACCAUCCCUUCAACCCAUAAUAACAUUAAUCACCAUGAAUUACCGGAAAUCGAAGACGGUGAGAGUUGUGUCCCUGGAAAGCUAUAUAAGAUAUCAUGCAAUACAUGUCAAUGUGGAAAACAGAAUAUGCUUCUAUGCACAAAGAUGGCAUGCUUUGAGAACGUCAUACAAAGAGUUUUGCGAAAAGUAGGAGAUAAACCUAAGAAGAAAGAGAAGAAGAAAGAAGUAAAAGUAACAGAAAAAGGUAGCCUUAGAAAAGGCCCCGAAAACAAUGGGAAAAAGAAACUAAUAAAUAGCGAAUACCCCCAGUUACCGGAAGGAAAAUGUGUACCAGGAAAGAUAUAUAAAAAUGGAUGUAAAAAAUGCUUUUGUAACGAAAAAAUGGUAGCUAAAUGUACUCGCACAUGUAGCGGCGGUUCUCCCAAUCGGUUCAGUGAUAAAGAAAUAUCGGAAAUGGAGACGCGGUCUGUAGUCGAUCUCCCGGAGCUUCCGCACAUGGGCGUGAAAUGCGAUCCCGGAAAGACUUACUACGUCGUUUGCAACAUCUGCUUCUGCACUCACAAACAUGAUCUCUACUGCACUGUGAAGUAUUGCAUUAACAUCGCCAGUGUUACAGAGGUUCAAUCUAAAGAGCUGACAGGACGUCCAUGUAAAAAAGACUUCAAACUGUUGUGCAGCGAAUGCAAGUGUGUGAACGGUAAGAACCAGUGCCGACCGAUACCCAAUUGUGAUAAGAAUUUGACUGGAAAGCAGUUGCUGUCGUCAGCGGCUGACACGAACAUUAAACUGACUCUUGAUAUCGAGAAGGAGAAGUGUCAACCACAUGUAUCUUACAAGUUCCAUUGCAACGAGUGCUACUGUCAACCUGAUGGCAGUUUGAGGUGUACCCAGAAGAUCUGCCUCACAUAUUCACAGACAAAAGAUUUGCAGGAGAAGCAAACCUAUUUAGAGAAACAUGGUCUUUGACGUAUAUUGUAAAAACGUAAGAAAAAUUUU